GCCAAGUCCCUCUCCCCGACUGGAGCGCGAGGGUCUGCCUGCCUGCCACAUUGCCAGGCCUCCGCUCGUCUCGUCUCGUCUCCUCCUCCUCCGCCUCCUCCUCCUGCUGACGUCUCGUCCGUCUGAAAAACUCCGGGCAACGGCGGCGGCGCUUCUGAGCGGCUCAGAGAGCGGCAGCAGCGGAGAGGAGAGCGAGCGAGCGAGCGAGCCGAGCCGUGCAAAGCGCCAGCCGCGAAGAUGGUGGUGGGAGCGUCGUUUCCUUCGUCUGCGUCGUCGGCCGCCGCUGCCGCCAGCUCCGCCGCUCCGUGCGCCCGCCGCCUGGCCCGCCGCUCGCACUCGGCGCUCCUCUUGGCGCUCACCGUCCUGCUUGUGCAGACGCUCGUCGUGUGGAAUUUCAGUAGCCUGGAUUCCGGCGAGGAGGAGCAGCAGCGGGGCGCCGUCGCCGGUGGCGGCAGCAGCAGCAGCAGCCGCCGCCGCGAGAAGCGCGAUCUGGAGAGCAGCCCCAGCCGCGACGUCCACCGGGCGCACCAGCACCGCAAAGGACCCGGCGCCUUCCGCGGCAAGGCGGUGAUGGAUCAACCUCUCAAUCCUUACAAAGGCUUGGAAACCCAGGAUGGUUACUUUUCCCACCGUCCGAAGGAGAAGAUGCGGACGGACAGCAACAACGAAAACUCUGUCCCCAAGGAUUUUGAGAAUAUCGACAACAGCAACUUUGCUCCCAGGACUUUGCCGAAGGAGAAGCAGCAGCCAGAGCUGGUGAAAAAGCCCCUGAGCAAACAGAAGGAGCACUUGAGACGGAAGCUGGAGCAGGAGAAGGUGAAGGAGAACUCUCUCCUUGGGAAAAACUCCAACGAGGUGCUGCCCUAUGGCAACCCUGCCCCAAAGACCAGCCACAAUGGCGGCCCAUUGAAGGAUGUGCACAGAUCACAGGCCAGGCCACACCAUUUGAAAAAGAACAGGAACAGCUCCCCAGAGCUAGGCUAUGAGCAGCCCCCAAAAUGCGAGAUCUCUGGCAAGGAGGCGAUAUCUGCACUGUCCAGAGCCAAGUCAAAGCACUGCCGGCAGGAGAUCGCCGAGACUUACUGUCUACACAAGCAAGGGAAUCUUAUGCCAGAGCAAGUGAUUCGUUUCUGUCCACUGGAAGGCAAAGCCAACAACAACGUGCAAUGGGAGGAGGACUCUGUCGAAUACAUGCCAGCCAAUCCAGUCAGGAUCGCCUUUGUCUUGGUUGUCCAUGGCAGAGCUUCCCGGCAGCUGACGCGCAUGUUUAAGGCUAUUUACCAUAAAGACCAUUUCUAUUACAUUCAUGUUGACAAGCGCUCCAAUUACCUACACCGGCAAGUGCUCCAAUUUGCAAGUCAGUAUCCAAACGUGAAAGUCACCUCUUGGCGCAUGGCAACUAUCUGGGGAGGAGCAAGCCUUUUGACCACUUACCUGCAAACUAUGCAGGAUUUAAUGGAAAUGAAGGACUGGCCAUGGGAUUUCUUCAUUAACCUCAGCGCUGCAGACUAUCCAAUCAGGACAAACGACCAGCUCGUUGCGUUCCUUUCCAGAUAUCGAAACAUGAAUUUCUUGAAGUCCCAUGGAAGAGACAAUGCAAGGUUUAUUAGAAAACAAGGUCUGGAUCGGCUUUUCCUGGAAUGCGAUGCUCACAUGUGGCGCCUCGGUGACCGGAAAAUUCCAGAAGGAAUAACUGUUGAUGGAGGGUCAGACUGGUUUCUGCUGAACAGGAAAUUUGUAGAAUAUAUCACCUUUUCCAAUGAUGACCUAGUGACAAAGAUGAAGAGGUUCUAUUCCUACACGUUGCUCCCGGCAGAGUCUUUCUUUCACACCGUCCUGGAAAACAGCCCUCAUUGCGACACGAUGGUGGACAACAACCUGCACAUCACCAACUGGAACCGCAAGCUGGGCUGCAAAUGCCAGUACAAGAAUAUUGUGGACUGGUGCGGCUGCUCUCCUAAUGACUUCAAGCCAGCCGAUUUCCACCGAUUCCAGCAAACCACGCGGCCGACCUUCUUUGCACGCAAAUUCGAAGCAGUGGUGAAUCAAGAAAUAAUUGGCCAGCUGGAUUACUACUUGUACGGCAACUACCCGUCUGGCACUCCGGGCCUUCGAUCGUACUGGGAGAAUGUCUACGAGGAGCCAGACGGCAUCCACAGCAUUAGCGACGUCAUGCUGACCAUGUACCGCUCCUUUGCCCACUUGGGCCUGCAGAGAGCGGAAACUUCCUUCCACACAAAUGGUGAAAACAGCUGCCGGUACUACCCAACAGGCCAUCCCAUCUCUGUCCAUUUCUACUUCCUAGCUGAUCAUUUUCAGGGCUUCCUUGUCAAGCACCACGCAACCAACCUGGCGGCCAGUAAGCUGGAGACUUUAGAGACAUGGGUGAUGCCAAAAAAGGUGUUUAAAAUUGCAAGCCCACCGAGUGAUUUUGGAAGGCUGCAGUUCUCAGAGAUCGGAACUGACUGGGAUGCCAAGGAGAGGAUAUUCCGGAACUUUGGUGGACUCAUUGGGCCGAUGGAUGAGCCGAUUGGCAUGCAUAAGUGGGGAAAGGGGCCUAAUGUCACCGUUACGGUCAUCUGGGUGGACCCCAUAAACAUCAUUGCUGCUACCUAUGAUAUUCUGAUAGAGUCGAGCGCAGAGUUUACUCACUACAAGCCGCCUUUGAAUUUGCCUCUCCGGCCUGGAGUCUGGACCGUUAAGAUCCUGCAUCACUGGGUCCCUGUCGCUGAAACCAAAUUCCUGGUCUCUCCUCUGACAUUUUCCAACAGGCAAGCCAUCAGGCAAGAAGAAGCCAUGAGGUUGCACGGGGGACCACCAAAGAACGCCUACAUGGAACAGAGCUUCCAAGGUCUGAACCCUGUUCUGAAUAUCCCCAUCAAUGCUGCGCAGGUGGAUCAGGCAAAGAAAAGUGCAGCCCUCACAGGCACAAAACUGGAGAACUGGGUGGACAUGUUGGUGGGAGGCAUGUGGUCAACUGUAGAUAUCUGCAGCGUGGGCCCAACCUCCUGUCCAGUCAUGCAAGUCUGCAGCCAGACGUCUUGGAGUUCACUCAGUCCAGAUCCAAAAUCUGAGUUGGGCCCUGUUAAACCUGACGGCCGUUUGAGGUAGCACCAGGUAUACCUCCUUCAUUGGCUUUAAAAGGGAAUUUAACUUUGUGUUCUUGUGACUUGGGGAGGAUUUCCAUCUGUAUUUCCACACUUAAAUUGGUUGCAAAGUGGAUUCACUGUAAAGCUGCCUCCAAGAAAAUGUACACAUUCAUUUUUCUGCAGGUCCCAAAAGCUGGUUUGAGGAUCUCCAGCUAUUUCUUCAGGGGACGGCCAUUGAUGGGUUUUGGACAGGUCGGGGAGAGAGAAAGCAGCUUUAGAACAUGUCUUAUGUUUCUGGCAGAAAUGUAGCAUCAAGACUACAGAGGGUUUUUUUAAAAAAAAAACUCAAUCUGAGCUGUUGGCUAUUUUAUCACACAUACAAACUUGCACAGCUGCUGGCUGUUUCCACAAAAGGAGUGGUGUUUGUGAAAUGAAUAGCAAAAUGGGUGCCAGUCCCAACUGCUGAAAUUGCCAUCGCUUUCCAUGCCAUUGCUUUGCAAGGCAUUCUCAGAGAAGCCUAGCAAAAGGGUAGCUGUUACCACUAUGCCAAGCCAACUCUCCAUUGGCGGGGAUUCCCAUUUUCACAUACACCCCAACAGAACUUUUAUUAUUUAUUUAUUUAUUUAUUUAAGCCUGAACUCAGCCCACCGAUAUUCACAAGGGUUCAAUAGUUGCCAUUCCAGAUUACAAAACAAUUGCACAGAGUCCCACUGGGAGGACCGCCCACCCUCAGAAAUAAAAAAUGGUGGGAGAUAGUAGUGCUAGCAGGGAAAGUGGUCAGCUUCAACCAGCCUGUGCUCAGUGCUCAAUUUACAGAGGAAGGAGAGAACUGCCCUCCUUAUCUUUUAUGAUCCCGCCCUUCUGGGUGUACAGUUGGCAGAGCACAUGCUUUGAGUGAAGAAGGCCCCAUGUUUAAUCCUCAUCAUCUCCAGUUAAAAAGAGAGUAGAUAGCAGGCGAUGGGUCAGGAUUCUCUUUGUCUAAGACACUGGAGAGCUGUUGCCAGUCAGAGCAGACAGUCCUGGCUCGGCAUAACGCCAUUUCCUAUGUACUGUUUUCAAAAGGCUACAGGAGGAGUCCCAGUUUGCCUAAAAUUGGAGGGAGGUUCAUGCAGUUCAUGAAAGGGCCUCCCUCCUUUCCUGUUGUUUGGGUUUGACCAUUACCUGUGUGGCACUUUCAAUCUCCCUCUGGUUUGUCCACCCAUUCAACAGUUGACCCAGUCCUAACACACACACCUGCUACCAUCACAUCUUAGUACAGCCCUUUGUAAACAAUGGUGGCUGGUGCCCAUUGGGACCGGUAGGGUGGAAGGCAGGGAGCCCAACACUAGGGGGAGCCAGAGCCAAUGACAGGCAGAGCCAGCCCGUUCUAGUUUUGUCCCUGCCCUCCUAUUCCCUGCUGAGUUCUACAAGGGGGGCACUGAAGACUGAGGAGGAAGAGGAGGAGGCUGACAGACUCCCUGGGCAUGGUGUUGGGGGAGCCAAGACUGAUUGCAGCGCUCCAUUUGUCCUAACAGACCAGUCUGGAAAGCUGGGGCAAAUGGUACUUUGGGCCUCAUGUUAAAAGCAGUUCUUCCAUAUGAGGGAGACCAGUGACCCCUUGAGUGCAUUUAUGCAUCAAAUCUUUGACAAUUCAGCAGGCAUUGAGUCUUUUAUAUAUACAUUUUGGAAUCAUUUGGUCUUCAGGCUGCAAAACACUGGGAGGGGGAGCACAGAUUCUAUUAAAAUUUAAAUGGCAUCUUAGUACAUAAUUUCUAGCUAACCUCUAUGGCAUAAGUUGUGCAAUAUAUGUGUGUGCGUGUGUGUAAAAAUGGCCAAUUAAUUUAACAUUUUAAAAGUUUCUCUCUCUCUCCCCUGCCCCUUCCCAAUUUUUAAGACUCUUAUAGGACAAUCCUGUGCACACUUGCCUGGGAGUAAGGCUCUGUUCUUCAACCUUGAGUCCCUGGGUGUUGUUGGACUACAACUCCCAUCAUCCUUGGCCAUUGGUUAAACUGGCUGGGGUUGAUGGGAGUUUUAGUCUGACAACAUCUAAGGACUCAAGGUUGAAGAACACUGGACGAAGGGCACUUCCAGACGGUUGCUAUUUUCAGGUGGCAUUCAGUUGCAUACCGGCAAAUUCAGGUUGCACUGUUAUAGUUGCUUGAGAAGUCUUGCACAACAAACCCGCUUCCCCGAAAGAUCAUUUGGGGGGGUGCAAUAAGGAGCAUGAUGCAAAAAUGCAUUGGAGUGUGUGGGAUAAGCCCUGAUUUAAGGCAACCUCAUCUAACCUUCCCACAAAAAAACUGGAAUGAAUGCCCAUGAAAUGGCCAACGUCGUCUGAUCUCCCAGCCAACGUAUCAGAACGAAUGCUCAAUAAACAGGUGAUCUGGAGGCACCCAAAGCCCCAUUCAACUUAGCGGGGCUUACUUCUGAGUAGACACGCAUAGACUUGUGCUGUUCUUCAGCUGUAAGCCCAUGUGUCGGAGGGGCUGACAGCACAAACACGUCGCAAGAAACGGCUGAAUUCCCUUUUAAAGCGACUGCUGCAAUGGUGAUUGUUUUUUUUAAAAAAAAAACCCAACCCAACAACCUGAGAUUCCAACGGCUUUCGCUAAUGUUUUCUCUCACCACCCCGUUUGGUUUAAAGCUACUACAGUUUGCUUUAGACUUUGAAAUUGCAGUGUCAGCUGUGCUGGCAUGAAGGCAGAGCAUUUACAGUGUUUAGCUGGCGACAAAGGAGGCUGCAUAGGAGGGCAAUUUUAGGUAUUUAUUUGUAUUUUUAGUCAAUGACUAAUUAGUAGGUGCUGCUUAUGCAGCUUGGAGAUUAUCUUAUCUUACUAACAAAAGCUGCCUUUAUUAAGAAAAGGCCUUUUCAAAAAGAAAAAAGAAAUCUAAUUUCUCUCCCCCGACUCUCUUUUUCUUUCUGUUGCCUUGAUAAGAAUUCUGACUCCAAACAAAAUUUGCUAGAGGUUCCAAUUGCUCAAAAAGAGAGGGAGGGGAACCUUUUCCAUCAGAAAUGUCCAGUCGGGUAUAGCAGCUCGUCUUUUCAGUAAAUCCAUCCAUAGCUAUUAGAAACCAAGUGAUGUCCUAGUAAACCAUGCCUAUCUAGGUCAGGGACUGAGGACUCUAUGGCCCAGGGGUUGCUAGACUGUAACUCCCAUCAUCCCUACCCAUUGGCCAUGCUGGCUAAGGUUGAUGGGAGUUGGAGUCAAACAAUAUCUGGAGGGCCACAGGUUUCCCCGUCCCUGGCUUAGGUGCUUUCAUAAGUUGACCUCUCUCCUUCUGCUGCAGAACUAUCUCGAUUCCUGCCCGGAGGCCAGCAUUCUCAUGCCUGAGGCAGGAACAAUCCAGCAUUCCAUCAUGCAAGAGAAGCUUUUGGGCUGGUUCCUGCAUGCAUGGUCAUCACUCAAUGAGUUUCAUCUGAGUGGUCUUCCUCAAAAAUGAUUAUGUUGAGUUCAUAUGAAGGAAGGGGUGAUCCGCUACCCUUAACCAAAUGCAACUUGAAAAAAACAAAGUUAAAGCACUUAUAUAUAAUUAUAAAUUACAUAAACAUUGGUUUUUAAUUUUCCACAGUGGGAUAAAAUAGUGCUUUCCUUAUUCAUACUACUUAUUUUAUUCUGUGGAAAAUUAAAAUUCAAUGCUUAUAUCAUUUAUAUAUUUAGGUAUGUUGUACCUUAACUCUGUUCUUGCUGAGUUGAUGUGAGCCAUCGGUGUUUGACCGGCAACAGCUGUUUCACAUGUUCAUUGAGCUGUGAACGAUGCUUGCGUAGGCCUGCCCAAGCCAGGAUUCUGUUAAUCCUCUCCUUGAGCUUGAUUCAGAUCAAGGCAGCUUCCUAAACCUAUGGUGCAGAUCACUCAGCAUACACCACUCCUCGUAGCUGCCCCUGUCAGCCACAUGAAUCUUCUUAAGCUGAAUUCCCUGGUUAUGUGGACUGUGGAGACAGAUACACUGGAUGGCUUUGCUAGCAGAGCAGUGAAGCCCUACAAGGGAAUUCCCAAAAGCUCCAGCUGCAGGCUAUAGUGCAGAAUAAACAGCGAAGUAACUGCUAAGACCACCGCUCUGCUUCUCUGCAAUACCCAUGCAUUUUAGCCUGUCAGUACCCUGAAGAUGCAGCUCUUUGCACACUUAUAUGAAAUGAGAUCUGCGGGCUUAUGGGCCCAUAACCAUGUGCAGAAUCAGAGCCAAAUUCUUUAGGCCAUUCCAGAUUAGGGUUGCCAGGUCCAUGGCCUGAGAUUGAUCCUGUAUCUUUAGGAGAAGAGAAGGUCAGCAAAGUGCAGGUGU